CCUGAUUUGCUCUCAUGGCGAAGUCUUCUUCUCUUUGCUACCACAUCUCUCAGCACCGUUUCUCAACAUCUUUCGGGGGCUCUUUCUUUUUCUUACCUUUAAGUUUGGCAAUUUCUACUUUUCUUGUUAUUUUCUUAUACAUAUGGUGUACAAACUCAAAUCUUUUCACCGAUCCACAAAACAAUCAUUACCAAGAAUCUUCACCAAAGUCUUCUUUACUCCAGCAAAUGAUUCCAUUUUCAUUGGAAAAAGCUGCUGAAGAUAUGUUUUAUUCAUCCAGAUCUGCUCCUCUGUCAAAAGGGAACCAAUGGUCUAUGGCAAACCCUUUUGGCUUAUAUGGAAACUAUGUAAAUAACACGGAGUUGUACCAUGAUGAAGAUUUCUUUCUGCAAGAUUACAAGGAAAUGAAUAGGAGCCUUAAAGUAUUUGUAUAUCCUCACAGCAGAGAUGACCCCUUUGCCAGUGUGCUCUUGCCGGUGGAUUAUGAUCCCAAGGGUCAUUACGCCAGUGAACUUUACUUCAAGAAGGUUCUUUCGAAAAGCCACUUCAUCACAAAGAAUCCAAGUGAGGCAGAUCUCUUCUUUUUGCCUUUCUCUAUUGUGGAAAUGCGGCAUGACCCUAGGAUUGGUCCAGAAGGAAUGCAAGAUUUUAUCAAAGAUUACAUCUUCAAUAUCAGUCACAAGUACCCUUACUGGAAUAGGACAGAUGGGGCUGACCACUUUUAUGUUGCUUGUCAUUCCAUUGGGCGUUUUGCCAUGGAUAAGGUAUUUUCAGCCAAGUUCAAUGUGAUUCAAGUUGUUUGCUCUUCAUCCUAUUUUGUAGCUGGAUAUAUUCCUCACAAGGAUGCUUCUAUGCCACAAAUUUGGCCCAGACAAAGAGAUCCGCCAAACUCUGCUUCAUCAAAAAGAAAGCAGCUCGCCUUUUUUGCUGGGACAAUCAACUCCCCUGCACGUCUAGCUCUUAUUCAAGCUUGGGGAAAUGACACAGACAUUUUUGCCCACUUUGAGAGGCUUAGAACACCUGAUGCCGACCAGCUUCUUGGUAGCAAGUUCUGCCUCCAUGUCAAAGGCUUCGAAGUAAACACAGCUCGUGUUGCAGAUGCAAUAUAUUAUGGUUGUGUUCCGGUGAUUCUGGCCAAUCACUAUGAUCUUCCAUUCGGAGACAUAAUAAAUUGGAAGAGCUUCUCCGUUGUGGUUCACUACAUGGAUAUCCCAGUAUUGAAGAAUAUACUUCAAAGGAUUAGCUUAGAAGAGUAUUCCUUACUACAAAGUAACACAUUGAAGGUGCGCAAACAUUUCCAGUGGAAUGAUCCUCCGACUGAUUAUGAUGCAUUUUACACGACUAUGUAUGAAUUGUGGCUCCGCCGGAGUUCUGUCAGGGUCCGAUUAAGUGCGUCUAUGGAAUUCAUGUAAAUAGAUUCAAUGCUCUGUAAUGGCAUUAGGCAUUCUGACAGAGUUAGGCCCUGCUUGCAAUACUCCUUGGACUUAAAAAAGUUAGUUUUGUAUUUGGAGAAAUAGUGUUAUGUGCUAAUUACGUUUCUUUAUUUUGUUUUCAUGUUAGCCAUGUUUUGGCAGUUAAUGCAAAUGUAAGAGAUAAUUCACAAACUUAGUGGAAUGGCAAUCUCAAGUAGUGUUAUCUAAUUUCCUUAAACUUUA